AUGCUUCGUUGUUUGACGAAACUUCGUUGCUUCGCCGUUCAAUCACGCCAAGUUCUACCACCGCCCGCUUCUCGCCGUCUCCUCCACCAUUUCCCGCCGCAAUCCCUUCACACUGCUUCCACAUUCCGCACUUGCUCUCCUCCGUCUUUCAUCUUCUCUUCAUGGCCUCUCCACGCCUCUCAUCCUUCUUCUUCCAUGGUUCAAGUGCGCCACGUGUCGUCCAGGGAACGAAAGCUGAGAAGAAAACCAGUGACUCCAACCACUUCCAAGGUUAAGAAAACCAAAAUGAAGUCUUAUUCGUCUUUAAAGUCCAGAUUCAGAACAAUGAAUGAUGGGAACUUCAGACGCUGGAAGGAAGGCAAGCGUCACAAUGCUCAUCUCAAGUCAAAGAAAUCAAAACGUAGAUUGAGGAAACCUGCCAUUGUCCCAGCAGCUUAUGCCAAAGUAAUGAAGAAGCUCAAUUUUUCUGCUUAG